AUGCUCCAUGCCCUGAGCAGCUGGAGGAGCAACUGGGCGUGCGCUGCAGAGGGCCGCCGAAUCAUGUCGAUGAGCCCAAAGCAUACGACUCCUUUCUCAGUGUCUGACAUCUUGAGUCCUUUGGAGGAAAGCUACAAGAAAGUGGGCAUGGAGGGCAGUAACUUGGGGGCUCCCUUGUCAGCCUACAGACAGUCUCAGGUUUCGCAGCCGGCCAUGCAGCAACACCCCAUGGGCCACAACGGAACGGUGACUGCCGCCUACCAUAUGACAGCGGCAGGGGUCCCCCAGCUCUCCCACGCUACGAUGGGGGGCUACUGCAAUGGGAACCUGGGCAACAUGAGCGAGCUCCCGCCUUACCAGGACACCAUGCGAAACAGUGCUUCAGCGACAGGAUGGUACGGCACCAACCCAGAUCCCCGCUUCUCCUCAAUCUCCCGCUUCAUGGCGCCGUCCUCGGGCAUGAACAUGGGAGGCAUGGGCGGCCUGAGCUCCCUGGGGGACGUGAGCAAGAGCAUGGCCCCGCUGCAGAGCACGCCGCGAAGGAAACGGAGGGUCCUGUUUUCCCAGGCCCAGGUUUACGAGCUGGAGAGACGUUUCAAGCAGCAGAAAUACCUCUCUGCCCCCGAGAGGGAACAUUUAGCCAGCAUGAUCCACCUCACUCCGACUCAGGUCAAAAUUUGGUUCCAGAACCACCGCUACAAGAUGAAGCGGCAGGCCAAAGACAAGGCUGCGCAGCAACAGAUGCAACAGGAGAACGGCUCCUGCCAGCAGCAGCAGUCCCCCAGGAGGGUGGCUGUGCCGGUGCUAGUGAAGGAUGGCAAGCCCUGCCAGGCGGGCUCCAACACCCCCACCGCAGCCAUCCAGAGCCACCCGCAGCAGGCGGCCACGACCAUCACGGUGGCCACCAAUGGCAACAGCCUCGGACAGCAUCAGAGCCAUCAGACAAACAGUGCGGGGCAGUCUCCCGACAUGGGACAGCACUCGGCCAGCCCUUCCUCCCUGCAGAGCCAAGUCUCCAGUUUGUCUCACCUGAACUCUUCCACUUCUGACUAUGGCACUGCCAUGUCCUGCUCCACCUUACUAUACGGUAGGACCUGGUGA